AGGGGAUGGUUGGGAGAUCGGGAGUGGGAGAGCCGGACUCAGACUGCUUUGUGUACAUUCACUGCUUCUUUUAAGGAUUCUUUGAGGUUUGUCUAAAUAAAGAAGGAGAUUUUGUGUAAAACAAGAUUUAUUUUGGAAGUGCUUUUUCUGGACGUGACCCCGUGUGGUAAUACAAGGCUGUAAAGCCAGAGAGUGUAGCAGUACACAGAGACAGGGCACAAAGCAACCCCUUCCUUCUUACAGUGCUUGUGUACUUUGCUCUAAAUAAAUAAGUUACAACCUUGGGGUGUGAAAUCAGAAAUGAGAUAUGCCAACAUGCGGGAGGGAGGUGAUCUUACAGAGAAGCCCACUUGCUGUGAGCAGCUAGAAGCACAGGGAAGCAUGAGGCCUCAGCAGAGGGUCCCUUGGGAUGCCAUUAACUAUUGUUUGGGUUUCUGCUCUGCAAUCUUUGUUUGUACCAAAUAUUUACAGUUUUAGCAAGCUCCUCCCAGCCAUCCCGAGUGUCAGUUUGCUUUGUGAAGGCAUGGGCACAGUCAAGAGUUGUGGGGAUUUCUUGUUUAUUUAUUGCUGCUGUAAGACGAAAGUCGCUAUCUGAUAUUCCGCCCUUGGAGAAGGCACAGUGUAAAUCUGUUAAGCUGUUCCUUUGUUUGUUAGUUUUGUGCAUAAUGAGUUUGGAAUUUAAGAUUAGUGGUGUACUCUGCAACUGCUUAUUUUGUGACCUCAUCCUCCCGUUCUGCUUGCCUGCUUGUCCACCUGUCACAUCCUGUUGGGCACCUAGGGCUAUGUUCCUUUGGUUUUGCAUUGCAUCAUCUCAUUUUUGUGUGUUCUGCUCCUUGGUGGAAUUAGGAAAAAAAAUAAAAAUAAAAACAGCAAUGAAAAGCAACAACCAAAAAAGAACAACAACAACAACAAAAAAACCCUGCAAAACCAACAGAAAAUACACCCACGUGAGGUGUGUGUCUAUAUUCAUUACAGAACGUGUGGGGAAAAUGUGGCUUCAGAGAACCGUGGAGUGGUUUGUGCUGGAAGGGACCUUUCAGAAUCACCCAAUUCAGUCCCUGUUCUCUGAGCAGGGUCAUCUCUCACCAGACCAAGCUGCUCAGAGCCUUGCAGCCAAGGCCUUGUGGGGAGUGGUGUACUGAGGGGGGCACUGCCUGAGUCAGCCAGUGGGGGAUGUAAGGAUAUAUACCGCAGACAUCCAUAUUGUUUGUGUUCAGUGUGACCACCACCCUUCAGAAGCGUUCAAACCAGUGAGCCGUGGCUUUUUCAAGGUGUGUCUUCAACAGGAGCUACUCCAUUUUUGCCUUGCAUAAUGUUCAUUGAGCUGGUAGGAGCAGGAGUGGCUUAGGAACACAGUGAGCAUUCACGUGGGAUUGUUCUCAUCCUGCUUCAGAAAAUGAUUUUUUUUGGAGUGGAGCAGCUCUACCAGGAAGCAUGGAGGACGUGCUCACAAAUUAGAUCUUUUUCAGCCCCAUCUGUUCCUUAAAGGCAGUUAGCCAAGUUUCAGCAAUUGGGGUCACAGCUUGAAAUACAGGGAGCUGUGUGAACCCUGAGUGGUGAUGUUUGUGGCACAGGCAGUGGGAUGAAGGCAAAACAUUCCUAGAGUUAUGGGAAGCAGAGGGGUUAGCAAGGGGGGAGGACACUGACUCUGGAAUUGGUGAUUGAAGGGCUUCUCUUAGUGGUACGUAUCGGUAGAGAGGAAUAUGAGGAGUGAAGGCACAUACGGGUCACUUCUUAAAAGCACUUCAUCUUUUAGGAAUGUGAAAUAGUGUGUAGUGCAGCAGGAGAAGCUAGGAUCUGUAAUAGUGGGUAAUUUCCAAGGAGUAAAAUGAGCAAGGCAGGAGAUAGAGCCAUGAUCUCGUUCUGUCACAGACUUGUUUUUUUGAGUUUAGCUUGUUGCACAAUUUACAGUUUCAAUCUAAUUGCAAAACUAUUCUGCAAGUGAUAAUUUGGUUCCCAGCUAACACAGCUUUUGGUGUUUACCACACAAAGCGGUCCCGGGAGCUGCCGGCCCUACUGAUGCUGGGGUGCCUGUUCUGUGUGUCACAGAGCUGCGUGGAACCUCUGCCCCUUGGGAGCAUCUGGGAGGUAGCGGCGCUGCCUCGUGGUGAUGCUGUGGGCAGAAAUGUCUGUCUCGAAAUGAAGUUCUGCUGUUGGAAUUGAAUGAUUUCGGGUGCUGUCAUACCAUUACCGGGUGCGUGCUUCUCAUCUGUCAUUUAAUACCUUUGCACUGAGGAAGACCAGGUUUAUAAAGUAACACGAUGCAGAAAGUCACAGUAUCUGUUUUUGUUAUUGUUUUCAGUCUUUUUAUUAUCGUCUCUAUUAUUGUUUUUACUUCUCUCUUGUGGCAAAGACUCUCACAUCUCUUAAGUUCCAAUUGUGUAAUUGCUAUUCCCUGUAUUGAAGUGCUGCAGUAUCAGGCUGUGCUUUUGGGAAGUGCUAAAUUUGGCUGCUUGCAGACUCAUCCCAAGUACAGAAGACGUUCAGUAGGCGCCGUUUGACUUCAUGCAGUGCUAUAAGGAACGCUUGGCUUUGGGAGCUCUGAUGGAAAUGUAGUUCCCAUCUUCUGUAUGGGAGAAAUCAGUGAUGGAAUUAGAAACUGCGUGCACUUCAUUUGGUGAGACUUUAGUAGCCUGCAGAGCACCCUUCGCAGCAGAAAGACGGGUGCUCUGGAGCUGCAAGAUUGUACUGAUUGUAUUGCAUUUCUGCUGGAACAAAAAUAUAACUGGUUCAGCAUUUGCACGUUCCACUUGUGUAUUGUUUUCGCUUUAUUUUGUGCAUUUAGAGAAUGCUGUGCUCGGCAAACUGCUGCUUUAGUAUUUUCUGUGGAAUGGAAACCAUCUGGACAAUUUAACUGAAUUUUAUCUAAGGUCUUGGUAACAGGCUCUGUUCUGUUUCUUGGCAUCUUGCUUGACGAAGAUGAGAAUUCGAGUUAAAAUUCAAGAAGUUAAAUAGGGGCUGGUUUAUGACCUGGAAUUUUAGUAGCAAUUUCUGCUUAUUCAAAAUCUUAAAGGUGCUCAACAUAUUAAAAUGCUGUCUCUCCGAAAAGCAUUUUCCCUGAGCAAAUGCCUCCUGUAGGGCUUUUUCUUUCUUUCCUUAUUGCUCUUUGAAUUCUGUGUGCUGUGGGAGUUGCAAGUUAGGAAAGUGUUCGGGAUUUGUGCCGCGGCUGCUUUGAAAGAGAGCUGUCAUAAGCACAUGCUAAAGUUAAGCAUAUGCUUAAAGGCUUUUCUUAAUUAAACUGCAGUUCAGAAAAACCCUUCAAUGUCUUCUUUAUUUCAGAAUCUGAAUUAAAUCAAUUGGUUUUGUACUCAUAGGUUUAAACUUGUUGCAGCCCUCGGGUAACAAAUACGUGGAGUCCUCCAUCCCUGAUCCAGCAAACCCGUAGUGCAGGAGCUGUGCUGCUGUGCUGAGGUUUCAACACAUGGCUUAAGCAUGGCGUUGGAUUGGAAGAAGGGUGUUCAGUGUAUGGCAGGUUGUUAAAUCCAAUGGACUUCUGAGCCUGACACCAUGGUUUGAUGGAUUCCACUUCCAUUGACUGCAUAAGAAAGAAAAGUAAGAAAUCCUCCUAGGAAAAGAUAAAUGCAUUAUAUUUGUGACAUGAGAUGCUCAACAGGAAGACCACCAUCAGUCAGACUUUUCUUUCCCCCCAGAAAGAGUUAACCACCCAUUUAGUUUCCGAUGUCCUGAUGAUAACGUCGGCUUGUGUUAUUUAAUUUUAUUUAGAGUGAGACGAAGGGAAGAGAUAGCGUUCUUAGUGUUGGUAGGUUGUAGGCGUUGGGGGGAGAGGCAGUUAGAUCUGCCUGGAUCGUGAAUGAUUCCCUGACUGCUUUGUGUGCCCGUGAUGUUGGCACCUUCUGGUGUGGUUCAUCCAGAAGAAGGAGCAGUUUGUGACUGCAGCGUUCUGAAUGGGAGCUCUGCUGCUGGCCUGCUCUCAGAUCUCACGUGGAAAGGUUCUGAACGUUUGGAAUAGGGCUAUUUUCAAGAGUCUUCAGUUUUUCCCUGUGGCUGUGAGGAGUCUUUUCACUGAGGACCGAACUUGGAUAGAAACUACUUGUUGAAUUUUGUAUCGCUGUGUUUGUAUUACUUUGUACUUUGUAAUACUUUGUAUUACUGCAGGCUUUCAGGGGCUGAACCAUUUCACCUCAGUUGUGCUGUUUCAGCUUUGCACUUGUAAGCUGGACAACGGGAGUUACUUCCUAAUUUAAACUGUUGCAUUUGGUCAUUUGGUCAAGCAGUUGUCCAGGUGUCAGUAGGGUGGGCAAUCCUUGCAUCCUUUGCCUCACCUUGGAGAUAGCCAGGUUUUCUUCCUUGUUUUGACUCCAUCUUGGUUGACACAGAGCAGUUCUUCACUGUGGUGUUCUGCUUCAUGGCAGAGAUGCAAAGCGUGUAAAGAGCACUUCAGCUUUGAUGCAGAGGUGUCCGGUGCACAGAGCUGUGCCUCAGUGCUGUUUGUGCAAAGCGCCUGACAGAUGCUCAUUGCCUGUGAUGUUAUCAGCGCUGCUUAACGUGUGUAAUAAUGAUUCCACAAGGCUGUUGACUAAAAUAUUCCAGCUCUUUGAUGCACCAGCACUAACUUGUCUGUUAUGAAUUCGUACAUUAAGUUAAAAUUGCUUUUUAAAAUAGUAAACAUGAACUUUGGCUGUUUCUUGCUCUAGGGAUAAUUCUAGAAUGUGUUCUUCAGUGCCUUUUGUAACACGGAAUUGCUUCUGUGUUCCUCAGGACAGCAUACUGGCCUUGUUCAACAAAUAACACGUGGAGUUGAGUAUCUUGACUGUUCUGGCAUUGGUUGUCCCGUAUGAAGUUAUCCAGGGCUACAUUUCAGUGUUUGGUUGUUUGCUUUUGGCAUUUUAGGGACCAGCAAACCAGAGAGCUUGCAGAAAUUAAGUGCAAACCUUUAACAGGGCUGUUGAUCACAAAUAAGAGCUGGGUGCUGCACCAUGCCAUAGCAGUCUUUGCUUGGUAUCAGAGCAGUGAAUGUGUGCAGACUGUACAGGCUCCAGUUUGUGCUGUUAUCAGGCUCUGACAUGUUUUGGUUACUGUAGUUGACUGGGAAUAGCAAAACAUCAAUAAUGGAAAAUAAACCAUGUUUACUGCUCCAGUUUUUGUUCCUUCUGCAUUUCCAGUAACUGUUGAGAAAUGAGCAGAAGGUUAAGGGUGGGUGUUUUCCUGGAGCAUCACGUUCUGGGGGAGAGGGCUGAUGUCUCUGGAGCUACUUAGAAGCUCCAAGGGAAGCUGAGACCCUGAGCUGGGUGGGCUCAGUUACUGUGUGAGUUGCUCCUUAGUAAAGCUGUCCGGGCAGUUUAACUCUGCAGUGCUGAACUUCAAUUAAGUUGUCAGGUUUAGCAUUGCUUUAGGCAUUAAUAGAGUUUUACUCUCACUUAAAAAUCUGGUUGAGUAAUUAACCUCUGUGUUAUUCUGGAGUUCAGAAGUUGUUUGUUUAGUGCAGCAAAUCUAGUGUUGUGUGAAUUAAAACAUGAAAGAUGCUCAGUAAUGAGAAAUGGAAACAGGAAAGUGCAGAAAUUUGAUUAUAUGCACUUUACAGGGAACUGUGCUAGAUGCUCAGUUCUUAAUUAAGAGUCUAAUUCUGAAGGCGCUGCUUCACCUCUGCAUUUGGGUAGUUGAGGAAUGUUCAGAUUUAAAUGGGAAUUGAAUAAUGGAUUUUGCUUGUUGCGCACUGACUUACAGUUGCACUCAGUCAAUGGUACAGCUUUUUCUGCAGUGUGGGUUUGGAGGUGGCAGUUACAGCACAGUGGCCAGGAGGUGUGAGGUGUUCAGAUGCUGGAUGAGGAGUGCCAAGAGGACUGUGGAACUGCUCCCACAGUUCUGACUUUCCCCAGAAAAUGCCAUGCUUAGAGCAGGCCCGUCAGUGCAGUAGUACCCAUGGCUCUAGGCUUUCCAGGACUGGAGGCAUAACAUCUCACUGAUUCGUACAGGCUGGCUUGCUUUCCUGUGCCCCAGCAUUUCCCUCAUGCUGUUGGCACGUGGGGUGUGAUGGAGAGGAGCUGGGAAAGCAGGCGCUAGCAGCAGGCAGCUGCCAUGCCAGCGCAGUGUUCAGGCUGCAGCCCUAAAUAUGCUCCAGAGCAAAACAUCCUCGUGCUAAAUCUCCUCCAGUACAUCUCAGAAGUAAACAUGCUGGAGUGGAAGCUCAGUGUUCCCCCAGCCAUGUCCCGUAUAGCAUGGAUACCUGGAAUCCAAGCCUCAAUCGUUUCUAACAUCUGAGUGAUUUAAGGAGGAAAAAAAUAGCUUCUUAUCUGUUACUUAACUACUUUACUUCCAAGGCAGUAAUUUGGGGUAAAAGUUCAUCUCCUGCUUGCCAGCAGGACUGUGCACUGCUCGGGGUGUGGCUUUGGGCUACACCUGGUGUCCUGUGGCUGCGGGCUGCUGCUGGGAGGGAUGGAUGUGCCCAGCUGUGCCUCCAGCCACAGGCCUGCUCCCUCCCUGCUGAAGGAGUAAGCAGGUGGGGCAGCUCCCCUUCAGCCGUUUAUCUCUCUGAGGCUGUGGGAAAGGUCCACACGUGCCCCAAAAAAGCCGUUUUCCUUCAGCUCACAGCACUGUGCUGUGGCUGUGCAGUGACAAGACCCAACCCAAAGAGGGUUGAAGACCAUACAUAGAAUCGUGGAAUGGCCUGGUUUGAAAAGGACCACGGUGAUCAUCAAGUUUCAACCCCCCUGCUAUGUGCAGGGUUGCCAACCUCUAGACCAGGCUGCCCAGAGCCACAUCCAGCCUUGCCUUGAACGCCUUCAGGGAUGGGAGGGUAGGUCUCCUCUUUCCAUAGCAGCUUGUAUUUACAUCAAGUUUGGUGGGACGUAAAACUGUACCACUGAUUUAAAAUCAAAGCAGAAGGGAUCUGUGGUUACCUGGCAGCCAACUGGUCUGCGCUUGGUUUGUAUGUGGCUGAAUGCUGCUGCCUUGAAGCCAGUAUCCCUGUGGGAAACGUGACACAUAUCAUGCCUACAUUCAAUGAAACGAAUGAGUUUGGUUUGAUGACUUUGUCAUUGAUUUUUAAUGUACUGAGUUUCUUAAAUGAGAGAGUGGUAAUGCCAGCAUUCUGGUAACCUGACAGGGCUCCCCUCUUGAGCUUUGUGCUGCUCUAUAGACGUCACGUCCCAAAUGCACUGAAUCACUGAGCUAAUCAUCUUAUGGCUCGUGCAUAGUUGAGUUAAUUCUGUGUAAUAAUUUACUGAUGUCAGCUAUGCUGUGGUAGUUAUCUAUGUGCAAAGUCCUGGUGCAUAGCAAAUAUGAUGUAAUGCUCGUUAACACCAACCUCUCUGGCCGUAGGCUAAGCUGUCUUAGUACACAUUUGCUGUGAUCUAACAGCACACGUGGCUGUGCUUGCUCCUCAGCUGCUGAAUGGUAACUUGUUAAACCAAGGUGUUUAGGUUGGCUGCCUGAGUCUCUCUGCCACCAUCCAGAUCUGGAGUCAGUUGCUUUGAUUGUGUCUGUGAUGUCCAAACCAUCCUGUGUUAAUUCGUUUUCCAUAGGAGACAAAUGAGUUUUCCACGGGAGACAGAAAAUGUGUAUAAUGGAUGAAACAGGAUUGAAUUCUUUCAGUGUGUAGCCACGGCUGCUAACUGUGGACUAGUUUAGCAGGGUUCACAUCUGCGUUAGCUUUCUGAAGACAACAUGAAGCUAUUAUGCAGUUACUACCCACUCCAGGAUUUGCACAUCAAUUAGGAGAGGCUGCUUACUCAUGCUCCUCAAAAGUUGUGCCAAAAUAGCAGUUACAUUAUGUCAGAGCCCAUAUUUUCAUCCAGAACAAUUAAUCAGGAUGUAAACCUUGUUUCUCCUCAGUAGCUUUGUGUAUCUGCCUGGGACUUCGAUACAGGGUGCUUCAGAAGGUUCAAGAAGGCUCUUCUCUAGUUGGCACACAUCAGGGAAAUUAUGAUGAAAUGUGAUGUUAUUUUUCCAGCAGUAUAUCUGGGAAGUUCCAACAAGAAAGUCCUCUAUAAACAGCGUUGCUCUGCAGUUGUGAUUUAUUCUCCUUUAACGCUCAGGAUCCCUGCUUGGGGAUGAGGUGUAUGUGAACCUGGGGUAGAGAGGUGCUUCACAGCAAAUCUGCAACCUGAGAGGGAGGCAUGGGAAACAGAUGGCUUCAGGAGGAAAGCAUGAGGCGACAGUGCUGCCAGUGCAGCAAGGAGUCCUUGCUCCCUGAUUACCUGUCAGCAUCCCAUAUAGGUACCUGGCACGUGCACAUCUGGGAUCCUGCUGCUUAGAUCCUUCUUUCAGCAGCCUUUACAUUUCAGGUUGCCCCACGAUCCCUUUGGAUCCUGUGGUUUCCUGGUUGUUCCAGGAAGUCAUCCAUGGUGAUGUAAUGCUCCUGCUCUGCUUGUAUAUGCCACGGAACCAGGUCUGUUUACUUUCUUUAUGCAACGCUGCAUAUAAAAGUUCUGCAGACAGAUCUUCAAUGCUGCAUGGACCUCUUCAAAUUAAUAAAAGCUGUGACUCAAAUCCUGGCUUUUGCUAAAGCUGGUGACUUGCUUGUAAUAUUUCUUCUCAAAUUUCAAGAGCCUGUGGUUCUGGAUGCCAGCCCUGUCUCCUUGGGCAGUCGGUAAAACUCAGUAUGGUUCCGAGACUGAUGGUAGCAGAGCUGAGGACAGAUGCAAAAUGUCAGUUCAGACGUGAUGCGACAAGGAAGUAGUGUAUUUGGAGAAGUGUCAAAACCUGCUGUAAUGAAAACAGGAAAAUAGUGGCUUUACUGAGGCUUCUGGCCUUAGACAGGAACCUGGAGAUCUGCCUCCUGACCUUCCGGGCUCUCUGCACAUAUGACCUCCCUUAUGUGCUGUGUCAGUGCUUCUUCCAAAGAAAAGGAGAGGCUCAAAAGUAAUCCCAGGAGCUGUGUAUGCUGAGCCAUGUGCAGCAGGACAAGGGUUCUGUAGAGGAAAAAAGCACUGCCAUACUGAAAGCGUGGCUGAGGUCUGUUCUGUAAUUCUUGAUCCUGAUUCAGUCUUCUGUCUGCUUUGCCAAAUGCCUUGUAAUGCAGGGAAAAUGAUAACUCAGGAAAGAUGAUGUGCAAUAAAAAUAGUAGUGCUUGCUCCAAAUCCUCCAUACGCUAAUGGCUGGAUUUUUCAGGCAGUAGAUUCCAGUGAGGCGUGCCAACAGGCUGCAUACCUGCCUGUGAUGUGGCCCUCUUUCCAUGGGAAGCCGUUUGGGUUAGAGACAAGGGUGAAGUCACCAGGAGUCUGUGGUAUCUCUGUGAAUUAGAUCCAAUCGUGUAGUUUAUUAGAAGAGAUGAAGCAGCAUACCUCCUGAGGUCCUAGAUGAGAUUCUUGCUUUAGGAAUCCCCUCCUGUUUCCAUUUAUUUCUUCCCUAUUGGAAAAGUCAUAGUGAGUGUAUAAAUUCAUCUCAUUAGAGACCAUCUGGAAAUAGCUAUAACAGCCUAAAUGAUGUCUGAUAAAAGCUUUUUAAAGACCUUUUCUCCAAGGAAAGGGAGGAUGGAAGCCUGGAAAAAGGUUCAACAAAAAAAUCCAGACCAUUAGAUUAGGGUCUGACUAUAUGAAAUUAUGGCAAUGUUUUCAUUUGGAAAAAGCACAGAGAAGUUAAAUUAUGAUUGAGUGUAAAUGCUGAAACCUUAGUUUAUUCUGUCCCACUACCUCCAAGAUGCCACCAUGCCUUCAAACAUACCGUCAUUUGACCUAUCAGAAUUAGAAUAAAAUCAAGUACAGGUAAUGCAGGUUUGUGAGAGAAGUAAAUAUAAGCCAAUAGUCAACUCCUGGAAUCGGUUGUCCCAGAAGGCUGUGGAGGUAUUAGUGGGUUCCAAAAGGGGUUGGGUGCUGGAAAGUCACUGGGGAGCCGAGCAUGGACAGCAGGCAGGUUUGUGGAAUUGUAGAAUGACUUAGGUUAGAAGAUCACACAGUACCAACCCCCACUCAUGGACAGAAUUGUGAAGGUUGUGUGCUUGUCUAUUGGAGAUAGGGUGCUGAGCUGGGUGGAGACAUAGAAUUCUACUUAUUUUGUACAUUUGCCCAGCAUCUGGAAUUUGGGUACCAAUUGGCUGAGCUCUGGCAGGUUUGACAUCUGGUUCCUUCUUUCUUUAGUUAUUUCAAAACCAGGAACUACUCAUCGAAGCCUGGACUUAAUGAAUCACUGUGAAUGCUUGAUUUGUUGGCAGCUACAUGCCACCCAGCUUCACAUUCUGUUCUGAUGCCAUAAUUUUAAGAAAAUAUUGGAACAAUGCUCCCCCACUCAAAAAAACAAGCAAAUCAAACUAAAAGUAUUCAGAGAUCUGGGAACUAAUAUGCAGUCCUCCCCCAGUUUACUUGUACUAAGUGUUUGGGUAGGCCUUGGUAGUAUUCCCAGCUGCAGAGCAGGUUUUAGUCAAGAAAAACUUGGCUAUCAUUUAUUCUGAGGAGAUAAACGAGCUAGUACAUCCAGGACUGAUGAAAAAGCUCAUCUGAGUUGAGAACUCAAUCAAAGACAUCUGAGUCUCUGAGUCCAUGUGAAAGAGCUCUGGGAUGCCUUGCUUUCGUUGGGGGAUUGGUUGUUAUCCUGUCAGUCAUGUUUAUUAGUUUGGGUUAGAGUUUAUUGAGAUGGUUCUCAUGCCUGGCUGUGCUCAUCACUGCAUGCACAGGAGGCUUGUGUUGUCUCUUGGGGUAUUAUUUGCAUUGUAACCAAAAUCUUUCCUUCCAUCAGCUAUCCAUCAGAUUUUGACUCCCAAAGCCCACUUUGUUAUACUUCAUUGUACAUGUUAAAACAGCUUAGCUCAGAACUUCUGAAAGGCUGUGUGUGUGGGGGGGGGAGGGGGUGAUAGAGGGGUAGAAGGUGUUUUGUGAGCAUGUCCUGCUCCCCUCAGCUUGGCUGAGGUACCUGAGAGGUAUUUUCCCCUUCAGUGGGGAAGAACGAAUGAGUUAAGGAGAGUUGGCCUCUGUUGGCCAGGUACAUGGAAGGUUUGGUAUUGACGUGCCGUGUCCAAGUCCCAUUCAAACUUCGAGAGCAUCAACUUUAAUGAAGACUUAGGAGUAGGACAGACAGAACCAAAAAUAAUACAUAAACAACGUCCAAUCUGUUUAAGCUCCUCUUUGAAAAUGAAAGAUCAGAUGCAGAUAAUGAAACAAACAUGGGUGUAUUCAGAAUGAGUAAUAAUGUUGUCCAAGAAGUUAAACCUUUUCCAUCAUUUGAAAAACUGCCCUGCAGCCUGAGGUGCUGCCCCAUCUUUUGUCACUUCUGCAGCAUCAGGGAGAGAAAUAAAGCUGUAAUCCAAGUCAUCUAAAUAUAGCACUGCUAGCUUACAAAUGAGACUUCUGAUGGCUUCAAAAUGGAUUCUGUAAUAAAAGGAAAUGUGUUUGACACUGCCAGAAUGUACAGUCCCACCAGAGGCUUGUGAAAUAACUGUUACAACAAACAUUCUGGGCUGUAACAAAGCUUGUUGACGCGUGCGGGUUACUGGAGGGUAUUUCUGACUGUUGCUAUGAAGAUGAGUUAGCAGGAAAAAUACUUUCUUUGCAACUGCCGUGCAGCCCUGUGUGGAGCAUCAGCUUUUAGAAAGAGACCUACCAAAUGGUUAAAGAGGGAAACUGCCUUUAAAAACGUGUACCAGAGUUAUGAUUUGUGGGGGCCAGGAGGAAGAGAGCAUAAGUUGGUUGGACAGCCAGAAGGAGCAUUAGCCUGUGUCACUCUCAACUGACUAGAAAAGGGUUUUGCUGGAGUACCUACAAUUUGCAGCCUCAGAACUGUAGGCUUUGGUUUCUCUGCAGUUGUUCUAUGAGUGAAGGUUCCAGUUACUCUCAGGUGUGCUGGUAACACAUGCAGAUGGUCACUUAACAAGAUGUUGCUAGAAGAGCUCAUGGUGCUCUUCAUGUGAUGUCCAAAGAUGCUACUUCUAGCCAGUGGGUGAGAUUUUAAAUCCAGAUUUAGAGGUGAGGUUUGCUCUGUUCACAGUUCUCUGUUUCACAAAACCUUGGCCAACUACUGAGUGAUUGUUCUCCUUCCAUCUGGCAGUACUUUGUUCACAGCAAUUGUUUGUAAGUGCAUGGAGGGCUCCGGUUCUGCUCAGUACAAUAGAGGAAUAACCAUAAGAAAAGGCAUUACAGCUGGGAAUACAGAGCCACGGUUUCUGCUUGGCUUGGCUUGAGAUGCACUGGAGGUGCAUCAGGGAGAGCUUCUGCCCAGCUUUGCAGUGUCCAAAAGUAAACUGCAAUGGGAGAACUUUGAAGACCACUGAUGUUAGAAUGAAAGAAAAAAAAACAAGUCUGCAACCAACUUUUUAUCCUACCAGAAGUUGUUUUUCAGGUUGAAAUGGUGCAGUUAAAAGAAGUAUUGAAGCUAAACUCUGUGCAGUCUGUUUCUAUGGGAGAUCAGGCUGUGCUUAUGCCUUCUGCUGUGCUUUUAACUUGCACGUUUCUGAUGCCCACGCACAGCCCUGGAUGAUGCUGCUGAGCCCAAUGCUGGAGACCACAGUUGGGCUCUGCUCCUUUUCUACAGGUGUCAUCAUGGCCUGUUGUUGAUCUGGGACGUGGUCUUACCUCUGGUUGUGGCAGUCAUGUUAAUACAAGAAAAGGCAAAGAAAAUACCUGCUCGAGUUCUCAGAGAUGUUUCAGGUUAUAUAAAACUGAAUUUAAAAUAGUAGCCUUUUCACAACAUUUGGGGCACGUGUUAGUGAAUAUGAAUUUUCAGCGCAGUGCCAGCAGAAUUAGUUUAACAGAUGCAGAACUGCAUUGCUAAGAAUAGUUUCUGCAGUUAUCUCCCCACACAAAUUUUCUCCUCAGGCAUUUGCAAUGUGCUUAUCUGCACUGCAGAAGACUGUAUGCAUCUUCAGACUUUUUUGUUUUGUUUUGUUUUUUGCAGAAACUAAUCUGCAAGCUUUCUGCUCUCAGAGGGUAUCAAAGCAUGCUUUUCUGAGGCUGCACUGAGUUCCAACUGAUGAAUCAGAACUCUGCACAGAAGAAUUUGGAUAUAAACACAAUAAGGAAGUUUAGCAAUAGCUUUUUUUGUUCUUUUUUUUUCCCAUUCUUGCUUUCCCUUGGUAAACAGCAACACUUGCUGGCAAGAAUGGGAAUAACAGAUCAGUCUGCUUAUUUUCAGUUGUUUGGUUCAUAUAUGAUAGUCAUCCAGCUCUUCUGCAGCGGUUACCCAGUGCAGAAUUUACCUGGUGAGGAGGAAGGUGAUGCCUUAGCAUGAGAUGCAGCCUUUGUAUCAAAGGCAUUAAGGCCACAGAGUAACAGCAGUCGAAUCUGCAGCUUGUUUGAACACAGCUGAAUUCCGAGUUUUCCCUCUAAAAGAAAUGGAGUGCUCUCAUGAGUGAAGCAAACAGAACUCGGUCCCAGUAAUUGCACAAAGCUGUCCUUAACAUGAAGGAAGGUGUUAAUUGAAGGCUGCCUCUCCUUGUUCACUAGGCAGCAGAACUUUAUAGGGUGUGAAACUGUGGUUUUUAACCAGAACUAAUGAGGAUUGACUCGGUGGUUACCAGGUGCUGUUGGUUCAGGCAGUGCUGCUGUUUUCCAAGUGCUGCAGCAGGGCCUGAGUGCCUUGGGGGUGAGCAAAGUGCUUUGCUGGUGAGCGUGUGUGAGGAAGGUUAUCUACUUAUGGGCUCCCAAAUCUGUACUCUGAAUAGCAGCAAGAAAAUGCUUCCCUGGUAUUUGACUUUUGGAAUUUCUUUUAAGAUAUUUGAUGAUAGCUGGUGGAACUGAUGGUGUUGAUUUAUUCUCCUUAGUCUGAUAUGUGGUUUGUUGGUAUCAUCAGCUGUGCGAGGCCCAACAUCCUUGCCUACCUUCCCUUCCUCCAAGAGUUCCACUGAGUUUUUUCAUCAGUUUUAAACUUCACUUUUUCCCAAAGGUGGGAUUGGCGCAGUCUGCCUGUGGAGGGGAUGGAGUCACUGUCUCUGGUGUUCUACAGAUGUGGUGUUGGAACAUGGUUCCAACAUGGAGGAACAUGGUUGGUAGGAGUGGUGGUCAUGGGCUGAUGGUUGGACUUCGUGAUCUUACUGGUCUUUUCCAACCUUAAUGAUGCUGUGAUUUGUCAUGCUCAGUUAUUACACUCUGCAACAGCAUUUGCAGCAAAAUUGGUAUUUCUUAAAACAGAAAGAAGAUUGUUCUAGAAUGCUCACAGGAUUCUCCAAAUUUAGAACCAUACUCAGUCCGGCUGUAAGCAUUACACCCUCUUUGCUCCAUAAUGAGUGCCAACUUGCAGGCCGAUCCCUGUAUCCAGGUUUGCCUCCCGAGUCACUUUACACAGUGGCUUUGGGAGCCAGGGGUGGCUGGGACAAGGCGCCUGGGGCCUGCUGUGCCUAGAGCAGCUCCAUGAAGGUCUGUAGGACUUCCCCCAUUGAAACAGGGAGUAGGAGUAUGGGGAAGCAAAGGGAAGCUUGGGAUUUUCCAUGUUCUUGUGCUUAAUUUAAAACAGUGAUUCAGACAGCCGAGCAAGCCUGGUUGUCUGCUCAGCUGUAAGAGAGGCGUUGCCUCCUCUUGUGCCAAAUACCUCUGAAGAUACAUGAGAUGGGAGAAGACAACAGGGUCCUUCUGGAAGUCUGCAUAGAAUUUUGAUGAUUUUAAAAGAACGAUUAAAAAUAAAAUUCUUGUAGAUUUUGACUUUCUAUCUGGUAGGAGAGAGCAGGGUUUAUAAUAAAACCCAGGAAAAAAAGCCUUUAAUCAAUGAGUGUGCCAUUGCUGAGGGACAGCUCUCUUAUUUCUGCCUGAUCUGGGUGACUUGGUAUGUUUAGUUCCUCGGGAAGGUUACUAUGCUUGGGUUUGUUCCUCACAGUAGCUGUGGUAACCCAUAAUGAUAGAGUGCUCUAUGCUGUAGGUCUGAGAUAAGUGUUGAAAAUCUGCAUGUUUCUCUGAAGCCCGAUACAAACGUAAUAACUUCAGAAGAUGGGCUAUAGAUUAGCAAAUAUUUGGUGAGUCAUACGUUCCCCUUGCUGCUUUCUUCUUUUGCAUGUCACAAACAUUGAGGAAAGCUCAUUCAUCCCAGAUAGGUGUGAAAUCCAUCUCUGAUGCAUAGGGUUGUGACUCAAGGAAUGGAAACAAAAAGGCCACUUGGUGUAAUGUCUGUUGCUGUGCUCUUGCCAAAUGCCUUGAGAGGAGGGGGAAAUCUGCUGUAGUUUGUUUGGAAGAUGUUUUGAAGAUUAUAGAUCUCUUGCAUAUAACGUACACCAAUUAAACGUGAUUAGGAGUGUUGUAAGUAAUAGCUCUGCUAUGAGGAUGAAAAGAGGAUGAGAAAGGUGAACAGCACAGGAUGUGAAGGUAUUGGUUGGAUACAUAGGAGAAGGCAGCAGCACAAUAAUGGGAGCCGUGUUUCAGAGGAAAUGAGGCAGGGCAGCAGCAAGCAGUCUGGUCAUACAGGAGCAUUGGCUGGGGGGAUCUAAAGCAGAUGUGAGGGAUUGGGUGAGAGCUGAUGUCAAGCAAUUCCGAGCAUCCUGGCGCUUCCAAGCCUCCCUUAAGCUCCUCCAGCAUGACCUCACGAAUCCUGCUACGGCAGCAGCUCAUGCGUGAGCAGAUGCAGGAGCAGGAGCGUCGGGAGCAGCAGCAGAAGCAGCAAGCAGCCCAGUUCAUGCAACAGAGAGUUCCCGUCAGCCAGACACCUGCCAUCAACGUCAGCGUGCCCGCCAGCCUGCCCCCUGCCACGCAGGUACCCAUGGAGGUCCUCAAGGUGCAGACUCACCUUGAGAAUCCAACCAAAUACCAUAUUCAGCAAGCUCAGCGGCAGCAGGUAAAGCAGUACCUCUCUACCACUCUAGCAAAUAAACACGCCAACCAAGCCCUGAGCUUGCCAUGUCCAAACCAGCCCGGUGAUCAUGUCAUGCCGCCUGGAACUGGAAGCAGUGCGCCCAACAGUCCGAUGGCUAUGCUCACCCUCAACUCCAACUGUGAAAAAGAGGGAUUUUAUAAAUUUGAAGAGCAAAGCAGGGUCGAGAGUGAGUGCCCGGCUCUGAAUACCCACUCACGAGCAUCAUGCAUGCAGAUGGAUGAUGUGAUUGAUGACAUAAUUAGUCUGGAAUCAAGUUACAAUGAAGAAAUCCUUGGCUUGAUGGACCCAGCCUUGCAAAUGGCAAAUACGUUACCAGUGUCUGGGAAUUUGAUUGACCUUUAUGGCAACCAAAGCAUGCCUCCUCCAGGACUUAACAUCAGCAACUCCUGUCCAGCUAAUCUUCCUAAUAUAAAAAGGGAGCUCACAGCAUGUAUUUUUCCUACAGAGUCAGAAGCGAGAGCACUGGCUAAGGAGAGGCAAAAGAAAGACAAUCACAACCUGAUUGAACGAAGAAGAAGAUUUAAUAUUAAUGACCGUAUAAAAGAACUGGGCACCUUGAUACCCAAAUCAAACGACCCGGAUAUGCGCUGGAAUAAGGGAACUAUUCUAAAAGCAUCAGUGGACUACAUCCGUAAGCUGCAAAGAGAGCAGCAACGCACGAAGGAACUUGAGAACAGACAGAAGAAAUUGGAACACGCCAACAGGCACCUGCUGCUCAGAAUACAGGAACUUGAGAUGCAAGCUCGGGCACAUGGACUGUCCCUUGUUCCAUCCACAGGCAUUUGCUCCCCUGAUAUGGUCAACAGGGUCAUCAAACAAGAACCUGUGCUGGACAACUGCAACCAAGACCUCAUGCCGCACCACACAGACCUGUCUUGCACUACCACCCUUGAUCUCACUGAUGGUACCAUCACCUUCAGUGACAACCUCGGAAAUGUGACUGAACCAACUGGCACUUACAGUGUUCCUGCAAAAAUGGGAUCCAAACUGGAAGACAUCUUGAUGGACGAUACCCUCUCCCCCGUAGGAGUAACUGACCCACUGCUUUCCUCUGUGUCUCCUGGAGCAUCAAAAACGAGUAGCAGGCGGAGCAGCGUGAGCAUGGAGGACACUGAUCAUGCUUGUUAGCAAAUACUUGGCACGCCUUUCAUAAACUGCUUUGGUUCUUGAUCAGUAGAUUAAAUAUUUUGCCUUUUGUAGAAUUUUUUGAUUUUUUUUUUCUUGUGCUUCAUCGGUAGCCCAGUGUGUGCGUGUGUGUAUAUAUUAUAUAUAUAGGAUUUUUUUUAGAAUUUUUGUGAAGAAACUUGUAAAUUCUAUUUUAAAACUACCAAUGCCUCCAAUUAUAUUGUACAGCAUAUGUACAGUAUCUGUGAACUGGAUUCGACAAGAACUUUGAACUGGUCAAAUCUACUCAAAGCAAUAGAAUUACAAAUGAAGAGUCUGCUUCUAUUUGGGGGGAAGGGGGAAUCAUAGAAUUGUAAAUGCAACCUAUUUACGUGGAGACAAAAUGUAAAGUUACAGAAUGUAAAGAUACCAAAAAAGAAGUCCAAUUUGUAAUUGUAUUGAUUUAAUAGUGCUGCCUUAAAGAUACAGUGUCUCUCAAACUUUGAUCCUUAUAGACAAGUGUUUAGGGAAGAAAAAAAGCAAACCACUCCGUUCCAUUCAGAAUACAAGUAAUGACAAAAGUGUUAAGAAAUCCUCUUUGUGUUGAUGGUGAUAUAAAAAGCUCUUGCUGAAAAUGAAAUAGAAAUUGCAGGGAGAUGCGAGUCUCUUCCUCAGAGUGCUCUUUGAUUUUACUCUGAGCUGAUUUGGGUUUUCCUUUUGAUCAUGGUACAACUUUCUUUUAGGCUUUAGUUUUGUUUUGUAACAGACGUUGAUGGCUUGCCACCAAUAAACCGAGAAAGGAGCACUAUAGGUUGGUAUGCACUCUUUGGACGAUAAUAAUCGAUAGGUUUUAACAGCUGGGCACAUGACGUUGUACAUAUCUAAUUGGCUUUAUUUUUUUUUUAAUUGCAUUGUACAGUUUAUUCUGAUUUGCAUGGGUUCCUCAGUUACCUUCAGCCUUUCGUUUUAAAUAUAUUUGUAUUUCCUUUGUAAGAAUUUGCCUCUUAAUAUUGCAGCAUUUCUUUUUGACAUUUUAAAAACUCAUUGGAAGUUUUCUGCGUUCUUUGUAAACACUUGAAAGGAAGCUUUUAUGCAGGGUUCUGUGUUUUAAGAGAGAUUCUGAGAAUAUUUUGUAUAUUACAGUCUCACUUUGAAAAUGUUUUUAAACACGUUUAAGGUAGAGUUCAAAUGUAGAUUAGGUAAUAAAACGACUUGUAGAGAAACUGAACUUACAUAUUUAUUUUUAGUGAUACAGAAGAAAUAGUAAUAUGCUUGGAAACAUAACUAUGUAGUAGAUAUACCCGUCAUAGUAAUUUGUGUUUUAUUUCAGCACUGGCGCUGACAUAAAAAAAAAAACAACAAAAACAAACAAAAAAAGAGUAAAUUACUGUAUCUGCAAAUAACUGUUACUUGAUAACAAUGUUAUUAAUUUUUAACAUGCAACAAUGUUGUAAAAGUAGUUUGGUGCAUUAUCUACUCAAGUGUAGUCCUAUGCAAUAACGGUAGUUAUACUUGUAUUAUAUCAAGCCUAGAUGUUUUACAGAGAUGACAUAUGGUGUUAUGAGCUAGACUGGUUGAAUGGAUUUCUCAAUAGCAGCCUACAAUUGACUUGCAAGUGGCAGGCAAGCAUAUCUCAUUCAGAAUGAAGUGCCUUAAACUCUAGUUGUAGUCUUCCCCGACUAGCACUGACUGAAGUGUGACAUAGGAGAGAGCAAAGGGUGAUGUUUGUAGGAGGUUGAAGUGUGGCAUGGUGCCUAUGUGUAAAAACAAGAGCUUCCCGUUCUCCCUUGUGCUACACUGGAAAUGAUAGAGAAUAAAAAAAGCUAAAAUAACACAGCAGAACAGUUAAUGACUUGAGUGCCAGUUUGGCAGGCUCUGCAAGGAAACCGUGGUCACAGCGGUUGCAGUGUUCAGAACUUCAAUGUGAAUUGACAGAGAUGGGGCAGCACUGGGAGUUCUGUAGCUGUGCUGGGGCUCGCUGAGCUCUCAGGUGAGCAGUUUCCCUACAAAGGCAUCCUUGGAGUGCCUGGCCCUAUGACUCCUGGCGCUGGCGGCAGUGAUCGUGGGGCUUGGCUGGGUUGCAGCUUUCUGUGGUAGUGCUUUGGGGUCUGCAUGUGUUGCUCUGUCCCUGCAUUAGCCUGGAUGCAACUGCUGGGUUGUGGCUUUUUUGAAGGAGGAGCUGGAGUUAUGUGAUAAUGAUGCCUCACCCCAGACAGCUUUUGGGCACGGUGUCUUUCCUUCAGUGGGUGAAGCCCUGGCCUGGGGAGGGUGUGCUGCAUCCAUCUGGGUACUCGGGGCAGGAGGUGCUCUGUUUCUGCAGCUCCAGGCUGAGAGUGCGGGUAUGAGCUUCUGGUGUUGCUGUUUGCUAAUGGUGACAGGUGAAGAAGAUCAGGGCUGUGACAUGACAUGCUUGUGGCUGUAACGCAGGGCUGCGUUAUCCUUCCUGUUAAAAUGGGGCAGUUAUGCAGUAAAAUCAGGGUGUGCUCGCAUGGGUGUAGAAACUGAAAACCACUGAGUAUACUGAUUAAGGCUUUUAGUUUGAUGUCUAUGCUGGUCAUUCAGAAACUGAAGUCUAAACUGUGGUAGAUAAAUACUUUUCAUGCUUACAUGAAGCCACUGGUAAACAGCGGCAGCCCUGGCUUCUGAGUUUUGGCUCUGUGCUGUGUGGAGGUGAAUUAGGACUCCAGGCUGUUGUAUCAAGAGCUGUGUUUCUUGCUAAAAGUGACAGUGACUGCAGCUGUCGGGCCACGUGUUCUGUGUGCCGUGUUGCUCUGGAGUAACACCUAACUCAGCUGUGACGGUUUGUUGUUCCCCCACCCGUUCCUGUAGGCCGCAGCCUUCUGAGUUCUCUCAUUUUUGAGUGGAGACGCGUUCCUUGUGCUGUGGGGGCAUCCCGUGGAGAUGCAGAUCUCUUGGGUACUUGGUGAUGUUAUUCCCCUUUUGUGCAUUGUGGGACGUGUGUAACCGUGAUAUUUUACAGGGGAUCCCAAACAGAUGGCAGAGACAGCAAUUAGAGGCAGGGAUGGCGUUAACAAGAUGGAGCGAGAUGGACAGUUGCUGCCCCUCUGCCUCUCUGAUGACGUUGCUGUGUGUGACACUGGGCCCCAGGGCAUGGGGUGCUGACCAGUUCUCACUUUGCCAAAGCCAUGCAACCACCAGGAACGUGCAGAGCGCCGUGGAGUUCUUCCUUUCUGCUUUUGGCCUAGAAAGCAAUAUUUAACUCUUACGACCUGUAAAAGCAAAAAAGGUACGCAAGGAAAGCACAAAGCACAAAAUAAUGCACUUACGUUUAUAUUUGUUUGACAUAAAAUGCACUGGGGGGAAGCUGAUGUUGAUAAUAGUAUAAAUACCUAUAUUUCUUGAAAAAGUGACAUUAAUUACUGCCUCUUGCUAUAAUGCUUGGUACUGUAAUGUUGAUAUUCAUCUGCUGUUGACUGCAGCAAUAAUUUGUGUAUGGUCCAUAGCACUGUAAAUUAUGGAUCAAUAUUAAUGUAUCCAAUGAAAUAAUUUGAACUGUUGUUCUUGAUAGAUGGAUUAAAGCAUUUGGUUUUUCACAUA